GAAGGAAGGAAGGAAGGAAAGAGCGGCAGGCGGGCGAGUGGGCGAGAAGACCCCCGUCUAAGCUCGCUUUUGACCUGGUCUCCAGCUCAGAGCCUCUUCGACGGCAGACGCGUUCUCUGGCCAUGGGUACCUGCUGAACAUCCUACCAGUUUGGAAGCCCCAGCCAACAUCCGUUCAAGAAAGAGCACUUGAAGACCUGGCAAUGGAGAACCAGACUUGGGACUUCUUUGGGACACCGGUGGGCAACGGGAGCGCCAACCAGACUUUUCUGGGCAACAUGCCCCGUUUGCCCCUGGAGAUGCAGGUGGUAACCAUCUUGCUCGUGCUGCUGAUCUGUGGAGUGGGCAUUGCGGGCAACGUCAUGGUGGUCCUGGUGGUUCUUCGCACCAAGCACAUGGUGACCCCCACCAACUGUUACCUGGUCAGCCUGGCCGUGGCGGACCUGAUUGUACUGCUGGCAGCCGGUCUGCCCAACAUCUCUGAAGUGGUGGCAUCUUGGAUAUAUGGCUAUGCGGGAUGUUUGUGCAUUACGUACCUGCAGUACCUGGGGAUCAACAUCUCCGCCUGCUCCAUCACCGCCUUCACAGUGGAGCGCUACAUCGCGAUUUGCCACUCCAUCAAAGCGCAGCUGCUGUGCACCGUGGCACGGGCCAAGCGCAUCAUCGCCUGCGUGUGGUUCUUCACCUCUCUUUACUGCCUCAUGUGGUUCUUCCUCGUAGACACCUCGCAGGUCGUUUUUGCUGAUGGCGCGCAAGUCAGCUGUGGCUAUCGGGUCUCCAGGAACCUCUAUAUGCCCAUCUACUUCUUGGACUUCACCAUCUUCUAUGUCAUCCCCCUGGGCUUGGCCACAGUCCUCUAUGGCCUGAUUGCUCGCAUCCUCUUCAUGAACCCACUGCCUUCCACUCCGCAACAUGCCAGCAGGCUGAGCAAACAUGGCGGAUCCAUCAGCACCUCCAGCUCGAUGAAGCUUUCUUGCCGAGGGAAUAAGAGUGCUUUGAGCUCCAGGAAACAGGUGACCAAGAUGUUGGCUGUGGUGGUGAUCCUCUUUGCCCUCCUGUGGAUGCCGUACCGUACCUUGGUGGUGGUUAAUUCCUUCAUGGACCCUCCUUACCUGAACAGUUGGUUCCUCCUCUUCUGUAGGCUCUGCAUCUACCUAAACAGUGCCAUCAACCCCGUAAUUUAUAACGUGAUGUCUCAAAAGUUUAGAGCUGCCUUCAAAAAGCUAUGCAAAUGUGAGCAGAAAAGAACUGAAGCCACUACCCAAUAUAGUGUUCCAGUCUUCUACAGCACCAUGAAGGACUAUUCCCAUGACAGCUCGGAGCAUGAUUUGACAGAACAAGAAGAUCUCAACGGUUACCCUCCAACAGCAAGGAAAAGUAAAUAUUCUAAAUAAAACGUAGCAUGAUGUUGACUUUGGCAAAAACCACCUACUGAUGUGGUUUUCAGAAAUGUAGAAACAGCAUGACACACGGCCUAAUAUUUCAUAACUUCCCAGUUGCCAUUUUAACCCAAUGUUUGCAUAAGGCUGAUGGGUUUAUUUACCUUUAAUGCUAAUUGAGGCCAAAUGUUUCAGCUGGUAUUGUGUGUCAUUAGGGAGCUUGUAUGGGAUGUGGCAGCGCAAUGGAAUUUCCUAUUUUAUGUCAUGCUCAGUUGCCAUACAGAAAGAACUUUUGGGGGCAGUACAGAAAGAACUACCAAGAUCUUUUGAGGUUCUGAAAUGACCCACAUGAAGAAUGAAGAGCAUGGAUCCCACAGUGUCUCCUUGUGACUUCGGCUCACUUUGUUGCAGGCAUAUUUCUCACAUUAAGCAAGGGUAGAGACUUUAAAGCAGCGCAAGGAUUGCCCCACAUUUUAAAGCCAGGUGCAAAAUGGAGAUUGAGUUACUAAUGCCAUUUGAUGCAAGUGGGUAUAUAUUUCUGUUGUGGUGGAGGAAAAUGCUGUCAAAUCACAACUGGCUUAUGGUGACCCCAUAAGGUUUUCAAGGCAACAAAUGAACUGAGAUGGUUUGCCAUUACCUGCAUCUGUAUAACA